UUGGUGCCUGUGCGUGCGUGCGUGCUUCUGUUGUGGAGCCAGACUCGUUGUGUGUGUCUCUCUCAUACGCACAGCAGGCUUAUGAAGUCGUAGUUAUAUGUGGGGGUGUGUGUGUGUGGAGUUUUCCCGCUAUGUCGGUGAUGAUUACCGGUGUCUCGUGGCACGUGGAGUCUCUCUGAAGCGUUCGUAGUUUUAAAUCUCGCGGAGUUAAGCUGCCCAUUUCUCAUCGAGCCCAUCGAAGUCAUAGUCCCCGUUAAAUGUUUCAAUAUCCUCGCGUCUCGUCGAGUCACAGCCUCUCUCCUGGAGUCGUACGAUUUACCUGCGACUCAAAUAGCCUCCCGUCGAUUCAUAGCGCAGCAUCCUCGCUCAGCAUAACAUCAAGUAUCGUGUCACAGUCCGCGUAUACACAGCACGCAACACACCACACACACUCAUCCCCUGCCUCUCUCCCUCUGCAACAUAUUGAUCAGCCACCGGGCACCGCGCUUGCUGGAGCAUCUGUGGGAUUAUGCUGCAUGUCCCCUUCACAAGCGCAAGUCGUCUCUCGCUCCUCUCCAGGGAAUUACUCGCGCCUGGGACGCGGUGGACAACCUGAGGUCUCAUAACCUCGUCCCCCGGGGGAGAGCCGCUCGCAAGCGUCCUCGCCGGGCAGGGUGUCCGUCUGCGGCUUAAGCCGACCAGCAGGUCGAGACAAUUUGGGAUCAUCAUCCUCUUGACAACAAGAACACUUCAUCCGCGGAGGGAUCGGGCACUGUAAUAAAAAAAAAAUCGCUUCAUGAAAUAAAAAAUAUAUUAAAAGAGGAAAAGGAAAUCGUUUGUAUAAAAGAAGUAAAGUGCGGGUAGUGGUGCUGGCGAGACCGGGAGGCUAUUACAUCCCUGAUAUCAUCGCCUCGUGUGGAUCAAGUGCUAAGCUCGGCCGAUUCCCCCGUGAGCAGCACCUAAGCCACCGCGGACACUCACGUGCUGAUUAAGUACUUCGGAGUGGCCCUUUGCGAAGCCACUGAUGAAACUUUAUUUUUCAUCUCCCUGCCGCUUUGUGGGGGGCGAGCCAUUUACCGGCGAGGACCUGAGGAUGAGUUCAUCGAGCGGCGGUCAGAACAUCCGGCGGCGUCCCGUGCGCAUCUCCCCACCACUUCCAUCUCCGCCUGCGCCGCUUCCAUCGCCGCGCCUGCAGCCGCCACCGCCGUUGCUGCUGGCGGCGGUGGUGGUGGUGGCGGCGGCCGCGCUGGCGUCGCUGGGUGACGCUCAGGAAAUGGUCUCCUACUCCCGCUCCAUCCGCAUCGAGGGCAACGUCUCCAUCGGCGGGCUCUUCCCCGUGCACGCGCGCGGGCCGGGCGGCCUGUCGCCGUGCGGAGACAUCAAGAAGGAGAAGGGCGUCCAGCGGCUGGAGGCCAUGCUGUACGCGCUGGACCGCAUCAACGCCGACCCUGAGAUCCUGCCCAACGUGACGCUGGGCGCGCGCGUGCUCGACACGUGCUCGCGCGACACGCACGCCCUCGAGCAGUCGCUCACCUUCGUGCAGGCGCUCCUCGAGAGGGACUCGUCCGACGUGCGCUGCACCAACGGCGACCCGGUGACGUUCGCCAAGCCGGAGCGCAUCGCCGGCGUGGUGGGAGCGGCCGCCAGCCCCGUCUCCAUCAUGGUGGCCAACAUGCUGCGCCUCUUCCAGAUCCCGCAGAUCAGCUACGCGUCGGCGGCCCCGGAGCUGAGCGACUCGACGCGCUACGACUUCUUCUCGCGCGUCGUGCCGGCCGACACGGCCCAGGCGCGCGCGCUGCUCGACGUGGCGCGCUCCCUGCACUGGAGCUUCGUCUCGACGCUCGCCUCCGAGGGCAGCUACGGCGAGAGCUCCGCCGAAGCCUUCGUCCAAGCCGCCAAGGAGAACGGUGGAGUGUGCAUCGCCCAGUCGAUGAAGAUAGCAAGAGACUCCAAGCCACGGGACUUUGACAAGAUCAUCCGCCGUCUGCUGGAAACAUCAGCUGCCCGUGCCGUCGUUAUUUUCGCCAACGAAGAGGACGUUAGACGCGUCCUGGGAGCGGCGCGCAGGGCAAACCAAACGGAGCACUUUCUGUGGCUUGGCUCGGACAGCUGGGGAGUCAAGUUGGGCCCUGCACUGAACCAGCAGGAAGUGGCAGACGGUGCCAUCACCAUCUACCCGCAAAGCGAGACUGUCCCAGGGUUUGAUACAUACUUCCGCAGUCGCAAGCUGGAAAACAACCGUAGGAAUGUGUGGUUCGCGGAAUUCUGGGAGGAGAACUUCCAGUGCAAACUUGGGAAGCUGAACACCAAACAAGAACUCAGCAGCAGAAAGUGCACAGGCGAGGAGCGCAUUGGGGUGGACGCCCCGUACGAGCAGGAGGGGAAGGUGCCGUUCGUGAUCGACGCGGUGUACGCCAUGGCGCACGCUCUGCACAGCAUGCACCAGGAGCUGUGCCCGGACGCCGUGGGGCUCUGCCCGCGCAUGAACCCCGUCAACGGGCAGGAGCUGCUGCGCUACAUUCGCAAGGUCAACUUCACAGGCAGCACCGGCAAGCCGGUGACGUUCAACGAUAACGGAGAUGCCCCCGGACGGUACAACGUGUACCAGUACCAGGCGAGCAACGCCCUGAACUCCGGCUUCCAGCUCGUUGGGCAGUGGCACAGGAAACUGCAGAUGAAUAUGAACGCGCUGCAGUGGGCGCGCGCCCCCCACGAGCCGCCGCCCGCGUCCGAGUGCAGCGUGCAGUGCGAGCCGGGCGAGAGGCGCCGGCAGCUCAAGGGCAUCCCGUGCUGCUGGAGCUGCGAGCGUUGCGAGGGCUACACCUACCUGCACAAGGACUUCACCUGCAAGCUGUGCCCCUACCACCAGCGGCCCGACGCCAACCACACGGCCUGCUACCCCUUCCCGACCGUCAAGCUCGAGUGGCACUCGCCCUGGGCGGCAGUGCCCCUCUUCGUCGCCGUGCUGGGCAUCCUGGCGACGUCGUUCGUGGCGGCGACGUUCGCCCGCUUCAACGACACGCCCAUCGUGCGCGCGUCCGGCCGCGAGCUCAGCUACACGCUGCUCACGGGCAUCUUCUUGUGCUACGUGGUCACGUUCCUGAUGAUCGCCGCACCGAGCGUGGCGCUUUGCACCCUGCGGCGCCUCUUCCUCGGCCUGGGAAUGUGCAUCAGCUACGCGGCGCUGCUCACCAAGACCAACCGCAUCCACCGCAUCUUCGAGCAGGGCAAGAAGUCGGUAGCGCCGCCGCGCUUUAUCAGCCCCGCGUCGCAGCUCGUCAUCGCGUUCAGCCUCAUCUCGGUGCAGCUCUUGGGUGUGUUCGUGUGGUUCGGUGCCAACCCACCGCAGGUGUUCAUCAACGAACAGCGCACGAUUGACCCCAGGGAGGCCCACUGGGUGCUCCAGUGCGACAUCUCGGACCUGGCGCUCAUCUGCUCGCUGGGCUACAGCAUCCUGCUCAUGGUCACGUGCACCGUCUACGCCAUCAAGACCCGCGGCGUGCCCGAGGGGUUCAACGAGGCGAAGCCCAUCGGCUUCACCAUGUACACCACCUGCAUCAUCUGGCUCAUCUUCAUCCCCAUCUUCUUUGGCACGUCGCAGUCCGUCAACAAGCUGGGCAUCCAGACGACCACGCUCACCAUCGCCAUGAGCCUCAGCGCCUCCGUUUCGCUGGGGAUGCUCUUCUGCCCCAAGGUGUACAUCGUGCUCCUGAGGCCGGAGCUCAACGUGCAGAAGCGCAAGCGCAGCUUCAAAGCCGUCGUGACGGCCGCCUCCGCCACCCAGAAGCUGUCGCACAAGGCGAGCGAGAGACCCAACGGCCAGGCGACGACGGAGCUGUACGAGAACACGGCUGACACUGCUGCUGUGGCACCGGCGAAGAAACCAACGACGUACAUUAAUUACAGCAACCACACCGGAUAACGAGAUGGGAUUGUACAUCUCUGCGCAGCCACGGGGGCCCCCCCUCCAAAAGUAUGCUGUUUGCAAUCUGCGACCGGCCCGAUCGGCUGGUCUCCAAUCUGCAGCACAGCAGGCCACUGUGCCAUGCAAAAAAAAAGUAAAUGUAUAAAUAGGAAAAAGAGAGAGGAGUGGAAAGCGACUGCAAGAAAAGAAAAAAAGAAACGGAAUGAUGGAAAAGACCAAUUUGUACUGAUGAAAUGCCUUGACUUUUUUUUAUGAAAGUAAAGACUUACCCACGUGCGUGUAUAUGUAUAGGUAUGUGUGUAUAUUUAUGUAUAAACACAUACAUGUCAUGUAUACAUGCUCUAUAUAUGGUUUUGUUCGGUUAUUGAGAAUGUUGCGUGAUGCCUGAUAUGGUUUAAAAUGAUACGUUAGGAAAAAAACGAUUUAAAAAGAAUUUAAAGUUACAUGAAACAAAGGCCUUGAUGAAUUAAUAUCCAGAUUGUCAACAACUUUUUUCAAAAAUGUAUCAUAGCAGAACAAAAAAAAGCAUUCCCUUUUUUAUUAUUAGAUCAUGUAAAGCGGAGGUUUAGUUUCAAGUUCAACUUAUGUCUCCAAAGUGGCAAGACAACUAUGAACAGGGCAGAACGAUAAGGAUAACAAAAAAAAAGAUUUUGAAGAUAACCAAUCGUUAAUCAUCCUAAAGAAGGCAUUUCAAUAUCUUUUUGAAAAAAAAAGUUACCUGAUAAUCAUAUUUUUUUCACGAAAAAAAAUCAAGGUCUGCUGUCCUUUGUUAUUAUUGCCUGCUUUUGUUAACUUGGGCGCAACUGAUAGUGUUAAAUUGUGACCAUCCUGCUUGAAGAUGCUGUCUGUUUCAAUCUUGUGGUUUUACAUGUGGAUUGCUUAUUGGGCACUGACGGUUUUUUGUCAUUUGCCUUUGAAAGUGUUUGUCGGAGGCAUGCGUCCAUUCAACCUUUGCCACCACCCCAUUAUCGGCCCUCCUCCCCCAGACCCGUUGCAAUCUCUGCCCCCUCUUUCACCCCCCCCCUCCCCCCCGAGACCCAACUCCCUUAUUUUCAUGCCUCAUUAUGG